AUGUCGCACAAGCCAACUCCGUAUAGUCCAAAUUUCCCACAAAACCAAGGAUAUGGACCUCCCGAAGAAAGUAGUAAAGCAUCAGAAAGUUACCCCAUGAACCCCCAACAGGGUUACCCAGGGCCUCCCCCUGGGCCGAUGCUCCCACCAGGUGCGCAACCACUUCCGGGUAUGCAGCAUGGAUUCCAACCAGGUUUCCAGCCUGGAUUCCAACCGGGAUUCCAGCCUGGAUUCCAACCUGGGUUCCAGCCAGGAUAUGCUCCAGGUUAUCCACAUCCUCAGCAGGGUUAUCCAGCACCAAUUAUGCAACAGCCUACACUCCAACCAGGCGGUUGGAUGACUAUACCGCAAGGGCUAACAAACUGUCCGCCAGGUUUGGAGUACCUAUCCUUGAUUGAUCAGCUCCUGGUACAUCAGAAGGUGGAACUACUUGAGGCUUUUGUAGGGUUCGAAACCAAUAAUAAAUAUACGAUAAAAAACUCUCUCGGCCAAAAAGUAUAUUAUGCUGUUGAAGACAAUGAUUGCUGCACGAGGAACUGUUGUGGUCCAACACGUCCCUUUGAUAUGAAAAUCAUGGACAAUUUCAAGAAUGAGGUGAUACAUCUCCAUCGUCCACUCGCGUGUGACUCGUGUCUUUGCCCGUGCUGGCUGCAGACCAUGGAGGUGACGUCACCACCCGGAACUGUGAUCGGCUCCAUUGAACAGCAGUGGUCAAUUUGCAAGCCCUGUUACGACAUAAAGAACGCAGCCGGGGACGUAGUAUUGAAGAUCAAGGGACCGGUCUGUACCUUCUCCAUCUGCGGCGACAUCGAGUUCAACGUGUAUUCAAGAGACGGUGAGACGAAGGUGGGCAAAAUAACUAAGCAGUGGUCGGGUCUGGCGCGGGAGGUGUUCACUGACAGUGACUACUUCGGCAUCACCUUCCCUAUGGACCUGGACGUUAAGAUAAAGGCUGUGCUGCUCGGAGCCUGCUUCCUCAUAGUAAGAUUAUAA